GACAGAUUUUGAAAACGUAGAGAAUCUUGGAAACUAUUGACAUCCGUUUUCUCAAUAAUAUUAUUUAUUGAGGUAGAGCUUCCUUUUAUUUUCAAUUUCUAUGGUCAUUCUGAUAUUUAAAAAAAUUGAUGUAGCUGAUUUUCCUACAUAUUAUAAAGUAUGCUUUCAAAUUUAGUAAAGCAACACCAAUCCAGACAACAAGCUCGUAAAGAACUUCAAGGUAAUUUGAAGUUUGGGCUAGUCCUAGUUACUCUCUUAGUCUUAGUCAUAGUCUAACUAAUACUAAUUAAUAACUACUAAUACUAAUAGCCUAUAGUAUAGUCAGUAUAGGAUAGUGUAUAGUAAUACUUAUCCACUUAUUAAUACAUUACUGUUACUUAGUUAUUAGUUAAUUUAGUCUUAGUACUCUUAGUAAAACUUCGUCAAAUCUAAUUUUAAAUACUAAUCAGAAAUCAUUAAUUAGGACCUAUAGCCUAUGCCUAUAGUAUAUAAUAGGCAUAGGCUAUACUAUACUAAUACUAUAUUUAUAUUUCUUUUCUUUUUUUUUUUUGUUUCAAUAAAUCAAUUCAAUACAUUUUCAAAUUUUAUAUGUAAUUAAUUAAAAGAAAGUGUCUAAAAACUAAUAACUUCUAGUUAGGUUAGGGCAGGGAACUAUUUGUAGUAAACUACCAAUAGGUUCUAGAGAGCUAUUGGUAGUCAAGCCAAUCAAAUCAAACCAUAAUCAGAGCUUUUUCAGCUGGCGAAUUAUUGCCUCGUUCAUUUAUGACUAAUUAUAAUAGUCUACUCUACAGUAUAGUUUUAAUUUACGAAGUGGAUGAGUACACCGCGGCGGUGUACCUAGCGAAACCAUCGGCUUUGGCCUGCGUAAACCGGGGCGCUGUAUCUAGCGAAAUCGUGGGCUUUGGCCUGGGUACACCGCGGCAAAAAUGUACCAUUGGUCUUGUUUUAAGAUAUGCUUGCUAGAGAAAAUCUUGUGUGGUCAAGUGGUAGAGUGGACGCUUGGCGAUAAUAUAUUUUGAGAUCAAUUCCCAGUAGGAGAUCGAGUUUUUUUUUACUCCCAUUUUAGUUUUAAAAUAUUUUGUAGCAAUUUAAACAAUUUAAAUAUAUUUUUAAAUAUUAUAUUAAAUACGAUAUAUAUAGUGUGUUUCAACAAGUUGUGCCGUCUUUAGACUUUGAAAAUACCGGUAAAUUUAGUAAUAACACAUUAGACAUUAGAAAACAAACUUAAAGUUUCUGAAAGCGCAUUUAUAGUGUAUGUAAAAUGUAUAAGAGAAACAUUAUGAAUACUAAGUGAUAUUCUAUUGUAUUUCAACAAUCUUCGUGUAGUUGAAUACUUACAUUUUACUUUUACGAACACCCAAAGAAAAUACCAGUAUAUCAUUAAUAUCAUAUGACUAUGAAUAUUAAUGUCAUUAUUGUGCAUGGUCGUAUUUCAACCUUGAACCAUCUUGCUUUCACUAUGCCUUAUGCAUUGGCAAAAUGUACACACGAUAUCAAAGGUUCAUUCACAACAGUCAGUCUCACAGCAAAUCUUUUGAAAACACCUCGAUUUGAGAAGUAGCAAACUCUAUAGCAAAGCCAUAGGCAUAGGUCUGCGUUUACCCUUUUCAUGACGGAAUUUGUUUCCAGAAUGGCAUGGCAUGUGCUAUUCUCAGGUUGUUUUUUUGUUAAGAAAUCGAUCCUUGCCGGGGGUGGGGGGGAGCUGGAGGUGAGUUAUGGGCAGAGGCUUAACCAAAAAGAGGGCCUUCACAAAUCACGGCUUUGGAUAGGGGUUGUCCACAAAGGACGUCCGCACAACAAACUUACCUUUUGCAUCCCCCCUCUGCCUGCAUUUUUUACUAAUGUGUAAUGCCAAUGUAAAACUAAAUCAUACGAUAUUUAAUCAUUGUUAAAAGACUUUUAAAAAUCACUGCAGUGUUUUGUAUUUAUCAUCAUACUGUUGUUUUGUGGUGACACACACUUCCUAUCACAAUGACAAUGCCUUGGACAACUUUAACUUCACGACUUCAUGAUCAAUGUAUGAAUAUGUGAUUCUCGUCCCGUAGUGUAUUUGCAGACCUGUUUACUCUUACGAUUUUGGCGUACAAUGUACGAUUUUGAGGUGUUAACAUGUAUUCUGUAUGUUUAUUUUUUUCUAUAAAUAUAAGGUAUUGAACGAUUUUGUGAUAAUAUUGUACGAUUUUUGGAGUCUGAGGGUAAACAGGUCUGUAUUUGUGGCGUAAUUAUAUCUUGGUGCUAACAAAAUAGAUUCACUGGCUUCCCAAUCAUUUUUACACCACGCCCCGAGGGAUCACAUACAAUGUUAUAUUUAUAAUGCCCCCCCCCCCUAAACAAAACCCAGCAACAACACAACUGGGUGGGGGGGGAGAGAAUAAUUUCAAAUUAGCUACCCUUUUUAUGCCUAUUAAGAUUCACAAUCAUAUGAUAAAACUUACAACAAUUAAUAAAUAUAUUUGUAUUUCAAUAUAUUGGGGGGGGGAAUAAAGUGGUUAACUUUAAAAAUAAAUCAUGGUUUAACAUUACACCUCCAAAAUAAUAAGAAAUGGUUUACAAGUACUUUGCCACAUAAGCGUGGAACUUAAUCAAUAUCUUCCCAAGGUGCUAAACGAAUUUUAAAUAAAUAGUUUUCAGUUUUAACACGAGUAUAACAUUAAAUCUACAAGUACCAGUUAGGCCAAAAAGUUAAAGAGUCGUUAAGACCAUAGUUUUGCUACUUAAAAUCGCUGCGGUGUUAUUAUUUAGCUAGGUACACCGCCGCGGUGUACGCAGGCCAAAGUCAAUAGUUUCGCUAGGUACACCGCCGCGGUGUACGUAGUGCCGGCCUUUAAUUUAAGACUGUCUUCUGUAGCCUUCCUCAUGCUCAGAUUUGGCUAUAUUGCUAUAUAAUUAUAAUUUAUAAUAUAGACCUAAUAUAGAUAGAUGUAUGAAUAUGAUCAUUGUCUGAAAAAUGUUACCGAGCUUCUUCUUUGCCAAGGCCAAAGUAAUUAUUAUUAUAAGUGCGUGGACGUGGUACCCCAGCCUAGGGCUGGGCUCACCAAGCUGUACAUUCAAUUUAACAAACAUAACCAUGAACUUAAAAAAAUUAAUUAACAUACAUUAAUUAAAUAAAACAAAACAAAUGUAUAUUUAAAACUAUUUACAUGUAUGGUAAAGCAAUAGACGACACCCAGCAGCAUCGUUUUUCGGUCAGCGGGAGGAAUCAGUCAGGAUAGUAGAGGUUAAAAAGAUGUGUUUUGAGUGCAGUUUUGAAGGCUGUGCAGUAAAAAUAAAAUCCAACAUAGGCCUACAUACUUUAGAGUGAUUUUAGGGAUGUAAUUAAAAAUAAAUUGUGACUACCAAUAUCAUUAGAAUUAGUCAAUACUGCACUAAUCAAUCUAUCACUAUCAUCAAUUGAUAGUUUUUUUAUAGUAAACUACCAAUAGUCACCUAGAAGCUACUGGUAGUGGAGUACCAAUAGCUGCUAUUGUAGUUUACUACAAAUAGAUCCCUACCAAUAGCCACAGCCAAUUAAUAAAUAGAGUUUAAUUUAGAUAUUUAAUUUAUAAUGUUAGGGUACAACUACCUACAUUACAGUUCAGGUGAUUACUUAAGUCUAACUUAGUCUAAGACUAAGUCAGUAAGUAACUUAGUCAGUAAGUUAAUAGUAAGAGUAUUCUGUAAACCAUAGUUGUAGACUACUACUACUGUAGUUUUUUUGUAGAAAGUGAAAGACUUACCACUUACUAAGUAGAGAUAACAUAGAACAACUAAUUACUAGUUUAAGUUAACUUUAGGCCUACCUACCUAAGUUAGAUUUACAGGUAAAUGCAGACAAUAGUACUUCAAUAGUAGGCUGUGGCCUAAAUCAAUAAAUAAUGGUAGAGAGCUUUCUCAUUGUAAAAAAAAAAAAAAUAACACAAACUAAAAGUAGAAACAGACAUUGCAAAAAAAACCCAAAGAUCGAGUCGGUUAGAAGCCUUCUUCAGCGAACAAAUGAGUAACACAAACUAAAAGUAGAAACAGACAGAAUGGUGGCACAUUCACUUCUGUUUUGAAAAGUAAAACUAUCUUUGCCUUAUAUGGGAUUCAGGACUAAUCCAGCUUUCAUAAUAAAGGCAAAGAUUGCAUGGUGGAGAAAACUAUAAUUGAUUGAAAUACUAAUGAAAAUAAUCCUGAUAAUUUUUCAGCUUUUUAUUAUUAAUGGAGAGGGUCUAGGGAGUCUGUACUGAUACUGGGUUUCCACUUUAUUUAUGGUCAUGAUUUUGACGUCAAUAACUGAGUCUUUGUUUGUGUUUGAUUUCUAUAAUUAAACUAAUACCCAGUACACUUAGGCCUGAAUAAAAUAUUAAAUGAGAUGAACUGUAAUUAAAAAUGGUAGAUUUUGUCAUGAGAACAUACAUUCUUUCUAUUACUUUUUUCAGAUAAGCGAAAAAGGGAUGCCAUUGUGGCUGCCACAGCACUAUCUCAUGUACUAGUUGAUCAUCUAAAUGCUGGGUAAGUGACAUGAACUACUAGUUUUUAGAUUUAUAACUGUAUGAAUAGGGUAUACCAGUAUUUAAAAUAUUAUUUUAGAUUUAGAAAGCCAAACUAUUAAGUUGUUACUAUUUUGCUGUCAUUUCCCUAACAGAGUUGCUCAAGCUUACGUUAACCAGAAGAAACUGGAUACAGAGACCCGUAUUCUUCAGGCCAACGCAGCUCAGUUCUCCAAACAAACAAUGCAGUGGUUAAAACUAGUUGAAGAUUUUAAUACUGCUUUAAAGGUUGUCAUUUUUUAUAAGUAACAUGAAAGGAAGCUUUUCCAUGAGCUGUAAUCAUACAAUAAUGACCCAUUUAAAAACUUGUUUAGUAAUCUUGCAUCUGCCAUGACAUAGUUUUUAUUGAAAAGAAUUAGAAGUCGGUGAAAUAGCAGGGCAGGUUAAAUUGUAUUUAUUUAGGUAUUUGUUCAUUAGUUAAUAUCAGACUAUGUCUUAUUUUGUGAAAGAAAAAUGGGGAAAAGGUAUGGGAAAGUCUAAAAAAGGAUGCAAAAAAACCCCAAAGAUCGAGUCGGUUAGAAGCCUUCUUCAGCGAACAAAUGAGUAACACAAAUAUAAAAAUUAAGAUAAAUACUGAGGAGGAAUUUUAGGGACAUAUCGAAAUAUUGCGCAAGAUGAACAGUGUACUACCGGUUAGUGAUGGGACGAUUAACCGGCAUUGUAUCGGAAUAAUCGAAAUAUCGGGAUUUUUCCAAAGCAUCGGGAGUCGGUAUCGGAGCUGAAUAAUUCAGACCCGAUUCCAAUACCAAAACGAUUCUUAACUGAUUAACUGCCGUAAGCCGGUGACAGCGCAAAGUUUGUUUCGCGUUAUAAUAUUCUUUAUUUUGUUCCGAAUAGCAUAUUGUAAAGCUUCAAUAGCAAGUUAAUAAACUUUUCUAAUCAAUUCUCAACUUUUAUAUUAAUUAAAUAUGUUAAUACCUGGGCACAGUAAUAAAUAUUUGUAAUAAUGGCCAGGAAUCGGAAUCGUAUCUGGAAUCGUAUCGGGAAUCGGGAUAAUUGGGUAGAAUCGGAAUCCUAUCAGAAUCGUUAAAAAUUUUGGUAUUGUCCCAUCACUACUACCGGUAUCUCAAAACAAUUCAAAAGAUGCAACCAAAAGGGUUCCAGUAAUGACUUGACCAUCACUGCAAUUGUUUCCUAUCCCGCCAGGGUAAACUUUAAAAAACAAACCAAUACACAAUUUUGGAACAUAGACACCACAUGGCAUGAUGAUGAAUGUCAUGUUCUCCUUCAUUUGUUUAAUCUUUUUACAACCAAUCGCCAUGGACUUAUUUUUCCUCUCUUCCUUCCCCUUUUGCCUAUAUUAACUCUUAUUGGGUACCUACUUAAUCUACUAAUGGUCUAUUACAUUCUUCUUGCUGUCCUCUCAGAUACAACACUCGUUUGUUUACUUGAAAAGGUUUCUUGCCGACAUGUUCUGGGCUUUGUUGCAUGCUUUUUUUCAGUUUUCCCAUAUCGUUUCCCAUAAUUCUUUCUAUAUAACCUGAUUGAGGUUUCUCCCCCAUUAUUAUCAUUGUUAUUUUAUGAGUUUAGCUGAUGAUUUUGUGGAAAGUGUUGCAUGUUAUUUUCAGUGUGUUAAGUUUGCUGUGCCAUAUAAAUAAUAUUAUAUUGAGAAAAAAAAUCAUAAUACAGUUUGACAAGAGAAAUUCUAUUGUCAGAGCUUGCUACUUGUUUGUAGUUCAGGCUUAAUUUAGCCAGCUUGUACUACCAUUACAAACAACACUUCAAAAAUACCAGUACUUUUGAUAUUUUAUGAAUUAUUGUAAGUUUUAAGCAUUUAAUUUAACUUUAAAAAAUAAUAAUUUUCUCUCUCCUUCAAUAUUUAGGAAAUAGGAGAUGUUGAAAAUUGGGCCAAAAGCAUCGAAACUGAUAUGAGAACCAUUUCUAGUGCCCUGGAAUAUGCAUAUAGUAAAAGUAAGUUUCUUUGGCUUUCUAUAAUUUCUAAUACUUUUUGGGUUGUUUUCACUGAUGCAAAAAUAACAAAAUCCAUUGAUGCUCAAAAAUUUAAAAACCCAUUUAUGCUCAAAUAUCACAUAAACUCAAUGUUAUUUACUCAGCUGUUUAAAUUUCUUGUUAAAUGGCAUUGAACUUGAAUUAACAUAUAGAAUUAAUGUACCCGGUACAAGGAAUUUUCACAAUUGUUGAUUGCAACGUAUUUUUCCUGGAGUUCCUGCAAAAAUGUAGAUACCGUACAAACUAAAUGGUCCUCAAAAUCUCAGCCUUACUAAAUAAACCAUUUGUCAACUGAGACACUUGAGACCCAAGGUUGUCAAAGUGGGAGAUGAGGGGAUUUCUGAAGUGAUUACUGACAGACAUGGACUGUGGAAUAGAGUUUGAGAUUUUAAUGAAGUAGAUAUGAAUAAAAACAAAUUUUGAAAAUUUGACAACACCAUCUCAAAUAUUUAAUGCUAAAUCAAAUGAAUAUUUUAACUCCAUUCUGAGCCUAGAUUAUUUAAUUUCCACAUAUAUUCUUUAGCUUUCUGAACCAAAAUAAAUUUACCUCACCUACCCCUAUGAAUUAUUGAAAAAUAAAUGGGGUUUGAGAAAUUGUCGAAAGGGGAAAGUUCAGUUCAAAAUACAUCUGCAUUAACACUUAAAUUCAUUACCAUAAUUAUUUUUUUUUAACCCAGCUUUAGCAAUCAUUUAGUGAAGGUGA